GCCACCCGCUAACAGCAGGGAAGGAACACAAAGCCCUGGAGCCGCUGUUUCCGGGUGCCUGAGACAUAGGGCACAGCCAGGGCCCAGCCUCUGUCAGCAGGCCGGCUUCCGGAAGUGCCGGAAGUGCCUCGUGCACUGGGAGGGAAGGUGCCAACGACCCCGCCCCUCGGAAAACCCGCCCAGAGCACUCUGCUGGGGGUUUCUAUGGUGAUGGUAAACCAGCCUCAACUGCCUCAGCUACAACUGCCAAGUCCUGGGCGUUCCACCCUCCGCCAGGUGCACUGUGGGAAUGCCGAGGAGCCGGAUGUGAGAUCAGAGCGUGGAGACUGAGAGCCCGAGGCACACGUUUCCCAUUGGUGACAUUUUGGCGGGCGGCUGUGGCUCUUCCUCCUCUGCACCCUGUGACCCACGUCCGGCUCUCGGCCUCCAAUCACUGGGCUUCCGCUUCCUGGACUCCAGCCCCACACUUCCUCGGCCCUACUGCGGCGCGGGUAAGGACGAAAGGGGAGAUGCACCUGGACUUGGCCCGGAGCGCCCUGCAUUGCUGAACUUCCGGUGGAACUCGGAGGCCUUGGACUGUAAGCUGCCUUCGCGCCAAAGAAAUCAGUCUUGCUGUCCCCCAUGGACAAUCCGUUACCGGCCAGCAGUGUCCCCUGCUGAAGGCACCCGGAGUCGGCCUUGGAGCCGCAGGAAAUCCGUGCCCCGGCUUGUGUGACCUCCGCCCUAGCCAGUGCCGACGAUGCUGGGCCCCGAGGGAGGGGAGGGCUUUGUGGUGAAGCUCCGCGGCCUGCCCUGGUCCUGCUCGGUGGAGGACGUGCAGAACUUCCUUUGCGACUGCACGAUUCGAAACGGGGCGGCGGGCGUCCACUUCAUCUACACGAGGGAGGGCAGGCAGAGCGGUGAGGCUUUUGUUGAGUUCGGGUCGGAGGACGACGUCAAAACGGCCCUGAAGAAAGACAGGGAGAGCAUGGGGCACCGCUACAUCGAGGUGUUCAAGUCGCACAGGACCGAGAUGGAGUGGGUGCUGAAGCACAGCGGGCCCAACAGCGCCGACAGCGCCAACGACGGCUUCGUGCGUCUGCGAGGACUGCCGUUUGGGUGCACCAAGGAAGAGAUCGUCCAGUUCUUCUCGGGGCUGGAAAUCGUGCCCAACGGAAUCACGCUGCCCGUGGACUCCGAGGGCAAGAUCACGGGGGAGGCCUUCGUGCAGUUCGCCUCGCAGGAGCUGGCCGAGAAGGCGCUGGGGAAGCACAAGGAGAGGAUCGGGCACAGGUACAUCGAAGUGUUCAAGAGCAGUCAGGAGGAAGUGAGGUCGUACUCGGACCCCCGGCUCAAGUUCAUGUCGGUGCAACGGCCGGGGCCCUAUAACCGCCACGGGACGGCCAGGAGGUACGUGGGCAUCGUGAAGCAAGCGGGCCUGGAGAGGAUGCGGCCCGGCGCCUACGGUGCAGGCUACGGCGGCUACGAGGAGUACGGUGGCCUCAGCGACAGCUACGGCUUCGCCGCGGCCGACGUGUUCGGGAGCGACCUGGGCUACUGCCUCUCGGGGAUGUACGAGCACCGGUACGGAGACGGCGAGUUCGCGGUGCAGGGCACCACGGGGCACUGCGUCCACAUGCGGGGGCUGCCGUACAAGGCCACCGAGAAUGACAUUUACAGCUUCUUCUCCCCGCUCAAGCCCGUGCGGGUGCAAAUCGAGAUCGGCCCGGACGGAAGAGUGACGGGCGAAGCGGACGUGGAGUUCGCCACUCACGAGGAGGCCGUGGCGUCUAUGUCGAAAGACCGGGCCAACAUGCAGCACAGGUACAUAGAACUCUUCCUGAAUUCGACGGCGGGGGCCGGCAACCCGGUGUACGGCGGCCAGGUGAUGCAAGGCGUGGGCGUGCCGGUGGCCCAGGCCACCUACGGCGGUCUGGAGAGCCAGGCGGUGAGCAGCUGCUACGGGGCUGGCUACAGCGGCCAGAACAGCAUGGGCGGGUACGACUAGUUCCGUGGGAACGUCUGGGUUGUCUCCACCACGUGUUCACAAGCAACGGAGAGCAGACGCAGGGAACCUGUGGGAGCCCAUUUUGCGCCGUGAGUUUGCAAAAGCUGCACCAAAAAAUUGCCUCUUCGGUGUUUUCUCAUACAGACUUUUCCAGCAUGUGAUAUUGAGUAAACUACUGUUUCCAACUUUUCUCGAUUAACACUUUGGUAGUAUCCCUGAGAGCGAUGUUAUCUGAGUUUAAGUACUUUAAGUGUAUUAAAUAUGGACCUUUUGCCACCACAUUGCAGUGAACUCAUUGGGGAGACGUGCUUUUUUGGGAAAACUCAAAGGUGCUAGCUCCCUGAUUCAAAAAAGAAAUAUUUCUCGUUUGUUCAUUCCAGUUUAUCUUUUCACUUAAAAUCUUUUAGGUUCAGUUGAAGCUUUUUAAGAGUUAAGUUUUUGAGAAUUGAGACACAAUACUAAUAAUACCGUAGGAAUUGGUGAGGCCUUGACUUAAAACUGUCUUUGUACUGUGAUUUCCUUUUGGGUGUAUUUUGUUAAGUGAAACUUGUUAAAUUUUUUGUUAAUUAUUUUUUUUUCUUAAAAUAAAGAUUUUUCACAAUGACUGGCACAGAUUACCUACUCAGCUGAAGGUGGUAAAAUGGGUGGUUGAAGAGAAUUCAUUUUAAUCCUAAUGUAUUUUAGUGUGAAUUUAAAAAUAAUUUUGUACAUCAAAGCUGUGAUCUCCCUUAUAUUCUUACAAUGAGGCUAAAUAAAAAUAUAAUAAAAAU